AUGAAGCUCUCUUUAGUACUUGCCACUCUUGUGGCUACAGCAUAUAGUCAAAAGCAGCUAUGCUCACAAUACGACAGUGUCUCGAGCCCCCCAUACACAGUGAACAACAACCUCUGGGGAAAAGACCAGGGAACCGGCUCCCAGUGCGUCUACGUCGACAGCAUCUCCAGCUCGGGUGCUGCGUGGCACACUACCUGGACCUGGAACGGCGGCGAGGGCAAGGUGAAAAGCUAUUCCAACUCCGGAGUCAACCUGGAGAAGAAGCUCGUGAGAGAUGUCCGCAGUAUCCGCACCGACGUGAAAUGGGAACAGGACAACACUAAUGUCAACGCCGAUGUCGCGUAUGACCUGUUUACUGCUGCGGACAAGAACCAUGCCACGUCAAGCGGCGAUUACGAACUGAUGAUUUGGCUCGCACGCUAUGGUACUAUCCAGCCCAUCGGUUCUAAGAUCGAUACGGCCACAAUCGAAGGCCAUACUUGGGAAUUGUGGUACGGCACUAGCAUCCAGGCUGGCGCCGAGCAGAAGACGUACAGCUUCGUCUCGGCAACCCCGAUAAACUCCUUCAGCGGAGACAUUAAGCCGUUUUUCGACUACCUUACAGCUAAGCACAAGUUCCCUGCUUCUACCCAGUACUUAACCAAUCUGCAGUUCGGAACUGAGCCGUUCACCGGUGGCCCGGCAACUUUCACUGUCUCCAAAUGGACUGCCAGUCCCAACUAA